UACUGAGCCGUACUACACCCAUCGAUCAUGGUCCAGCUCAAAAGCCCGUUACUUCGCCAGAUCCGCAGAAAACCGUUGACGGCGAUUGCGCCGAUCACGCUCCUCGUGGUGCUCGUGUUCCUCUUCUUCCGGUCCUCCGGGUCACAGAAGCUGCGAACGUAUUCGUACAAGUCGAAGAAGAGCGGUUUCUUCAACCACCACCGUGAUGUUAUCCCGCGGAACCUCCCAGGCGAUCAUAUCUCGCACUAUGACUUGAACAAGCUCGCGUCAACGCCGAUGGCGGCGUACAACAAGGAGCGCGUAUUGAUUCUCUCGCCAAUGUCCAAGUUCUACAACGAAUACUGGCAGAAUAUCUUGACCCUCACGUAUCCGCGCGAGUUGAUCGAACUUGGCUUUAUCGUUCCGCGCACGGCCGAGGGUGAUGUGGCGUUGAAGAAAUUAGAGAAGGCUGUGAAGCAGGUGCAGACUAAGGAUGCACGCUUCGCCAAGGUGACGAUCUUGAGACAGGAUUCCGAAUCGUUGGCGUCGCAGAAGGAAAAGGAUAGACACGCGUUGAAGGUACAGAAGGAGAGAAGAGCCAAUAUGGCGCUCGCGAGAAACUCGCUUCUCUUCACCACCUUGGGACCGUUCACCUCAUGGGUCUUGUGGCUCGAUUCAGAUAUCAUUGAGACCCCGCACUCCUUGAUUGAGGACUUGGUAUCUCACGACAAGCCAGUAAUCAGUGCUAACUGUUACCAGCGCUACUACGAUGACGAAAAGAAGGCGCUGUCCAUCCGGCCGUACGACUUCAACAAUUGGGUUGAGUCCGACGAGGGCUUGAAAAUUGCUGCGGGCUUGGAGGAUGAUGAGAUCAUCGUUGAGGGCUACGCCGAGCUUGCGACCUACCGUCCGUUGAUGGCACAUUUCUACGACGCCAAGGGUGACAUCAAUACCGAAAUGGCGUUGGACGGAGUGGGUGGGGCUGCCGUCUUGGUCAAGGCUGAUGUUCACAGGGACGGUGCCAUGUUCCCGUCCUUCCCAUUCUACCAUUUGAUCGAGACUGAGGGCUUCGCCAAGAUGGUCAAACGUCUCGGCUACGAGGUGUUUGGCUUGCCAAACUACUUGGUGUUCCACUUCAACGAGUAGCUGUAUAGAUGACAAUUUUGGUAAAUAGUAAUCUAAGGGAGUAGAUUUUGUUCUAGAGAGUUGACCAUGACCUUUGGUUUGUUAUAAUUCGGAUUUAGUGUUGGAAUCCUAACUUAGGCUGGGAUGGGGGAGGACAGCCCUAUCAGGUAUUUUUUAGACCGAUAAGGAGGGUACCGGUUUCAAGGUCUCCUAGUAUCGGAUCAAUGGGUGUAGACCUUCUGCUAAAAGCAACAAGGCUGAUAUGCUUUGUCUAGUCCUUAACCCCUCUACCACAAUCUCAGCUCGCUUCUUUCCUCUUGUCAAG